CAACAAAUAAUCUCAUUAUUCUAGUUUACCAUGAGUUCCAACAUAACAAUACCACUUGUCUUAUGUUUGCUCAUGAUGUUCUUUUUUAUGUCAUCUCAAGUGCCAGCACAAGAUUUGAAAGAGGAUGUGGUUGCUAGAGAGAGAAAUGGAGUGGAUGAUGGAACCUUAGUUGGCGGCGGCGGCUAUGGCUUUGGUGGUGGUUACCCCGGUGGCUAUGGCUAUGGCUAUGGCGGUUUCCCUGGAGAUUAUGGCUAUGGCGGUUUCCCACGGGGUGGCUUUCCCCGAUGGUUCUGUCGUUUAGGUUGUUGUUAUAGGAAUCCAUUCACGAGACAAUGCCUUAGGUGUUGCCCAUAAUGUUGGGAAGAAUCUAAAAAAUGAACAGUGUGAAGUUCAACUUAAUCAGUGACAUAUUUCAUCAAUAAAAUCUCGUGUUAUGAGAGGUAUGAUUGGAUAAAUCACAAUCCUUCCAUUCUUUCUUAGCACAAUAGAGAUAUUUAGUGUUGAAUAAUGCCAAAAUUAUGUAUCGUACAAAUCCUGGGUUUUCACUUCUAAUGUAUGUCAUCAUCAUCAUUUGUAACUCAAGUGUUUGCUUCUGUAUAAUUAUAAUGUCAU